UCGUCCCUCGCGCCGGCUCGUGGACUGGUUCCGGGGUUAGGGUUCACGGGUCAGAGUUGACUCCCUGAAAAGUGCAGUGGGUUUGAAAUGCAAGAUGGCGCCGGCGGCGGGGCGCUGAGAGGCGCGGCGGCCCCGUGCAGCAGGCAAAGACUGCUAGCUACGUUGGGACUGCUGGUAAUGAUGGCCUGAGCUAACACCUAAUUUGAAGGGGUUCCCUUCCAUUUCAAUGAACAGAAUGCUGAGGAAGCCAUGGCAAAGAAACCUAACUACCCAGUUGUGCAACUGACCUCUGACCAUUUUAUACAGAGAUUGGAAAGCAGCAUCAAUUAGACUCUUACUGCAAGCAGCAUGGGUGAAGACAGCACUGUCACGUGGUCAGCCUCUGAGGUGAUUGGAGUUGUACUUCAAAAGUUUCAGCAGUUCAGCAGUAUGUUGUCUGCCAACAAUAAGCUUUUUACUUGAUGGCACCAUGAAAAAGCUGCUAACAAGACUUGUUGAGCACAAAAGUGGACUUGAAGAACCCAAAGCCAUUGUUUUCAAAUGAAGAAUUCCAAACAGUUGUAACACUCAGUGUUUUUAAAUCACCACUGAGAUUCCUGCACAUUAAAAUGGCCAGCAGGAGAAAAUCAACCACACCUUGCAUGGUCCUUGCUAGCGAACAGGAUCCAGACCUUGAGUUGACAUCAGAUUUGGAUGAAGGUCCACCUGUCCUUACACCCGUGGAAAACGCCAGAGCAGAGAGUGUCUCAAGUGAUGAAGUUCAUGAGCCUAUGGAUUCUGACAAUCAGCAAAAUAAAAAAGUAGAAGGGGGCUAUGAAUGUAAAUACUGUACUUUUCAAACACCAGAUCUAAAUAUGUUUACUUUCCAUGUGGAUUCAGAACACCCCAAUGUAGUGCUGAAUUCAUCCUAUGUGUGUGUUGAAUGCAAUUUUCUUACCAAAAGGUAUGAUGCACUUUCUGAGCAUAAUAUGAAAUACCACCCAGGAGAAGAGAAUUUCAAGUUGAUUAUGGUGAAACGUAACAACCAGACAAUCUUUGAGCAAACCGUGAAUGACCUGACUUUUGAUGGGAGUUUUGUCAAAGAGGAGAGUGCAGAGCAGGCCGAGUCCACAGACACUUCCUCGGGAAUCUCCAUCAGCAAAACCCCCAUCAUGAAAAUGAUGAAAAACAGGGUGGAAAACAAACGGAUCACCGUCCAGCAUAACUCCGCUGAGGAGCUUCCUGAGGAGAAAGAGGAUGAAAUCAAAGCAGAUCAAGAAGAAAAUGUGGAAAAUGUAAGUUCUUCACCCUCCGAAUCCAGUACCGGCGCUUCCCUUGUGAACCGAGUCCACCCAAGCGCGGCCAGCACCGUCCCCGCGGCUGCGCUCCCUGGACUGGCGCAGGUGAUAACCGCAGUGUCCGCUCAGCAGGGCUCCAGCUUGAUUCCGAAAGUCUUAAUCCCCGUGAAUAGCAUUCCUUCCUACCAUGCUGCAUUGGAUAACAAUCCCCUUCUGCUUAGCACCUACAACAAAUUUCCUUAUCCCACAAUGUCAGAAAUUACAGUUCUUUCUGCUCAAGCGAAAUACACAGAGGAGCAGAUCAAGAUCUGGUUUUCAGCCCAGCGUCUAAAGCAUGGUGUUAGUUGGACUCCAGAAGAAGUUGAGGAGGCAAGAAGAAAACAGUUCAAUGGAACAGUACAUACUGUGCCUCAGACCAUCACUGUCAUUCCCACACACCUUUCCACAGGGAGCAAUGGUUUGCCAUCUAUUUUACAGACAUGCCAGAUAGUUGGUCAGCCAGGUCUGGUCCUUACUCAAGUAGGAACAAACACGUUGCCAGUAACAACACCCAUAGCCUUGACAGUGGCAGGGGUUCCAAAUCACACAAAUGUCCAGAAAAGUCAAGUACCUGCUGCCCAGCCUGCUGCAGAAACAAAACCCGCCCCAGCAGCCGCCCCAGCCUCGCAGAACGUCAAGCCGGAAGCAGCAGUAGUAAACCCUGAUUCAUUUGGCAUUCGGGCCAAGAAGACAAAAGAGCAACUGGCAGAACUGAAAGGUAGUUACCUUAAAAAUCAGUUUCCCCACGACUCAGAGAUCAUUAGACUUAUGAAAAUAACAGGUCUGACAAAAGGUGAAAUUAAGAAGUGGUUUAGUGACACACGGUACAACCAGAGAAAUUCUAAGAGCAAUCAGUGCUUACAUCUCAACAACGACCCCACCAGCACCAUCAUCAUUGACUCCAGUGAUGAAACCGCCGAGCCCCCGCCCGUGGCUCCAUCACAGCCCAAACAGUCCUGGCACCCUUUUCCCGACUUCACGCCGCAGAAGUUUAAAGAGAAAACGGCCGAGCAGCUGCGUGUUCUUCAGGCAAGUUUCCUCAACAGCCCUGUACUGACAGAUGAAGAAUUAAACAGGCUAAGAGCACAAACCAAGCUGACCAGAAGAGAAAUCGAUGCUUGGUUUACAGAGAAGAAGAAAUCCAAAGCUUUAAAGGAUGAGAAAAUAGAAACAGAUGAAAGUAAUGUUGGCAGUUCCAAAGAAGAGCCUGGAGAGACUUCUCCCGGAGAGGACUCGGCCGCCCCUAAGUCAGGGAGCACAGGCAAGAUAUGUAAGAAAACCCCCGAGCAGCUGCACAUGCUUAAAAGCGCGUUUGUCCGAACACAGUGGCCAUCACCAGAAGAGUAUGACAGGUUAGCUGAAGAAAGUGGGCUGGCUAGGACAGACAUAGUUAGUUGGUUUGGGGACACCCGCUAUGCUUGGAAGAACGGAAACUUGAAAUGGUACUACUACUACCAAAGCUCUAAUUCCAGCGGCAUGAAUGGUCUGUCUGCCCUUAGGAAAAGAGGGAGAGGCAGACCCAAAGGACGAGGGAGAGGCAGACCCCGCGGGCGGCCUCGAGGAGGCAAAAGGAUGAACCACUGGGACAGAGUAUCAACACUCAUAAAAUUUAAAACUGGAACUGCAGUACUUAAGGAUUAUUACCUGAAGCACAGAUUUCUCAAUGAGCAAGACCUAGAUGAACUUGUCAACAGAUCACACAUGGGCUACGAGCAGGUAAGAGAGUGGUUUGCAGAAAGACAGAGACGAUCCGAGCUGGGCAUAGAAUUAUUUGAGGAAAAUGAAGAGGAAGAGGAAGUUGUAGAUGAUCAGGAAGAUGAUGAAGAGGAAACAGAUGAUAGUGACACCUGGGAGCCUCCACGACAUGUGAAGCGGAAGCUUUCCAAAUCGGAUGACUGAGUCUGCUUAAAAUGUUGAAGGAGAAUCAAUUCUUCAACUCAAGAUGUGUGAUUUACUGUGAAUGGGCCCAGUCUUUGAUGACACUGAAACGUUUUGAGGCACACACUCUCAAAACACAGGACCCAGUAUCCAAAAGAAAUGGAACUUAAUGUGCCAAAGUUAAACUACUGCAGCUGGCGGGAGUUCUGCUGUACAUAGAACACUAAUUACAAAACUACUUGUAAAGAGUCAAGUUUUAAUACAGUACAUUUUUAUUCUGACAGGGUGGAGACCUUUGGAAUCUUGGGCGUUCUGAGGGGUUAUUGACCACUAGGGCUUGUUCUUUCUUUUAGGCCUCUCACUGCUGUGUCUAGUCAGGUGGGCUGUCCUGCCCUGCUCCUUAUCCUUAACAUGUGAUCAAGCUCACAGCUUUGAGUGACCAAACAUUUUACAGAGUAAAAAUUGGUUGAGAUGGGAAGAAAUCAAGCCCUAAUUUCCUUCUGCAUCUCAUUUAUUAGGUCCUGCACCAAGAUUAAAAAUUGUGCAUGGGCUGGGCAUGGUGGCACAUGUCUUUAAUCCCAGCACCAAACCAAAAUACAAGAGAACUUGUGCAAGGGCUUGUACACAUUGCAGUGUUUGAACUGCUUACUUGCAUUGGAGCGGUCAGACUUUGUAUCACUGGCCUUCAUGAUUGGAGCCUUGUGGAGCACACUCAGGCGGCGGCCACCAGCCCUACCUGCAGUACUUUUCCCACUGGUUUUCAAUAGAUGCUGAUUUGCUGCUUUCUCUUUUCUUUUCUUU